GACUGAGGUGGCACGACAUUUGAUGGAGGCGGCCGCCUUCAAUUUCUCUAUGCAGGAAAAACCCUGUCUGUUGGUUACCUGAGAAGACAGACAGCACUAGAUCAUCUCAGAUCCGUUUGCCACAAAAAUUGAAAGGCGAGUGCUCCAGCAUCAAUUAGAGCACAGACUCUGUCCUCCUGUAUGUCAAAGACGCCGUUGACAGCAGAAAGAAAGCAAUUCAUCUUUGAUUUUCUGAAGACCCUCAUUGAAGCGGACAUCCCUCUUGAAAAAACUUCUAAAUUCUCGUCAUUUUUUCAAAGGAUUGCAAACAGGGAGGGGCAAUUCCAGGUCCAUCUCAUUUACGCUCUGACUAUCUUCCACAAUUAUUUCCUCAGUAUUUGGAGAACAUCAAGCAGGCUGUACAUGGAAGCCCUGUGUAUGUAAUUGCAGAUGAAACAACAGAUGCUUGUGGCUGUUGUGUCCUCGCUAUUCUCCUCCAGCCAGUGGGCAAACGACCUCUUGCAGCAGAUAUAGUUUUUUUUAGAUAAGGUUAAUUUCAGCACCGUUUCGCAGGCUGUCAUCUCCUGUCUUAACUCCAACAACAUCAGCUUUAAUGAUGUAUGUGCUUUUGUCACAGAUUCUGCAAGUUACAUGAAAAAAGCUUUUUACACAAUUCUCUGUGGACUCUUUCCCAAUGCCAAACACAUGACUUGUCUGGCACACCUGCUGCAGUUAGUUUUAGAAGUGUUUCCAGACACCUUUGGAGAACUCAAUCGGAUGUGUGGUUUGGUGAAACGAGUUUUCUGCCAGGCACCCAGAUGUCGUCUUGAAUAGAGGGACUUCAUGAUGCAGCAGGGCCUGUCUCCUCUCAUGCCAGUGUUUGCUGUCCAGACUAGAUGGGGAUCCUAGAUAAAAGCGAUUCAAUACCUGGCCGAAAACAUGGAUACCUUGCAUGACUUCAUAGCAACACUGCCACUGUCCUCCAAAGCUGUGCGGGACCUUAAAGAUCUGUUGGAGGAGAGCAGAAAGCUUCUGAAAGUCCAGGCCACCUUCAUUGUUGAGCACAGCUCUGAUAUACUUGCCACCUUCACCAAACUGGAAGAAACCUCCAGACCCGUGGCUGCUACCAUCUAUAGUCAGCUGGAGUACCUCAGCAUGCUAUUUGAGUAUGGGUCCACCGCAGAGGCUGAGGACUGGCGUCCUCGCACUAGAGAUCAACUGAAGGAGUUAAAUGACGAAGAGUGGCACACUUGUUCACAGCUGUUUAAGGAAGCAAUGGCAGAAUGUUCCAUAAAGUUACAGGCUGUGAUGGACAGACAUCCUUGCAUUGAACUACUCAAAGCCCUCCCAAUCUUUGAUCCAGCCAAGGUCUCUGGUUUCAAAUCUGAAAUUAAAGAUUAUAGCGAAAUUGUUCCUGCUUUGAGCAAAGUGUCUGCAGAAGAGUGGCAUUGUUACAUUUAUAUGGACAAAAGUGAUGCAGGAGAAGUUAGCGCAGUAGAGUGGUGGGCUGCUAGGGAAGACAGAAUGCCAGCACUUGCCUCACUGGCUGCAAUGUACCUUCAUCUCCCUACUACUUCAGUUGAUGUUGAGAGACUUUUUUCUCUCUGUUCUUCACUUCUAACACAGCACAGAUGCAGUCUAACUGAGGACAAUAUUAAAAUGAUGCUGAUUGCCAAGUUCAACACCAGGGAUCAUAAAUCAGCUCCAAACCCCAUAAUUGUUUCUGCUGGGUCACUUGUUUUCUUAUGUUUAUCAGACUGUUCUGUAAUUAACUGAUUGUCACACCAGCCAGUACUUAUUUAUUGUCUUAAAUAUGUAAUUGUUAUUUAUAAUUGUACAAUAGAUUUUAUAUCAAUACGGAGUAUUUUCUGCGUCUUUUUGUGAUAUGUAAUGUACCUUUAUCUCUGUAUUACUUCAGUAGAUGUUGAGAGAGUUUUUUUCCUCUAUGAUUCUGAUUGCAAAGUUGAACACUAGAGAUUAUGAAUGAUAAUAAAUGAUUAUA